AUGUCAUCUGAAUCACAAUCUGACUUAAUUAGUAUCGCAGUUACAACAUCAUCGAAGGGAGGCGAUAGGACAGUCGCUGUAAAGAAUAUUCCGUUAUCAAUCACCGUGGGCGAAUUAAAAACAAAACUUACUGUAGCAGAAACUUCACGUUUGGGCCGAUUGCAUGAGUUCGAAAAUUGGGAUAAUCGACGUCCACUGUCCGAUUAUUUUGUUAAAGAUCAAGAAAACCUAGGUUGUGUUUUACAGUGUAGUGUGGAAGAUGGUCAAAGUUCAUAUGAUGAUUAUGAUCUAUGGUUAGCAAAAAGUCAAAGCAAAAUCAACGAAUAA